UCAGUUCAACCAUAUCUAAGUUGAAAUCAGAAACUUGAAUAGAUACUGAGCUUGUUCUUACCAGCCUAAUAAGGUGUGAAAGUUUAAGCAACUAAAAUAUUGACUUACGUAUCCGCCUUAGUGUUUUAAAUGUUUAGGUGAAGUGAUAAAGGAUAUUUUGAUACAGCUGUUAUAAUAAUGUCAGAACUAUUUGUCAAGAUUCUAUUCGGGGUGAUUUUGAUACUAUUGAACGAAGGAUCGUUACAUGCAUCAAACACAGACGAGCAUCAGAGACUGAAACGAGAGAUCGAGUGUGAUGCAAAGUACAGGGAAAUAACAGCAGGCCAUUCCGCGUGCAAACAGCCAUCAGACAGCGUCACAGCUUCAGGGGUAUCGGAUGAAAACAAACAAACCAUACUGGAUGCCCACAACACUGCCAGAAGGUCUGUUUCUCCUACAGCAAGCAACAUGAUGUUGAUGACAUGGGACGAUGAGAUAGCAAAUACUGCACAAAGAUGGGCAGAAAACUGCGUUCUCGGUCAUGAUGGCAGCUACGACAGAUACGCUUAUGGUCGGUUCAGUGUUGGACAGAACUUGGCGAUGGGACAAGCAGACUGGAGCAGUGCUAUAAAAGCCUGGGAAGACGAGAAAGAUGAUUACGACUUUACAACGAAUAGAAGUCCAAAUGGGAAAGAAAUAGGCCAUUACACUCAGAUGGUGUGGGCUAAAAGUUCAAAGAUUGGCUGUGGGUAUGCGAGGUGUCAUACAACAAAUUACUAUGUCUGCAACUAUGGUCCUGGAGGAAACUCAGGAGGUGACAAGCCAUACGUGUCUGGUCAAACGUGUUCUGCUUGUCCUAACAAGUGUAACAAUGGACUAUGUGACUGCGGCGGAGUUGUUUGUCUGAACGGAGGAGAGAUCGAUUACAAUACUUGCACCUGUAACUGUAAAUCGAACCUACCGUUUUACUUAGCACCUACAUGUGGACUGAACUGUGAACUGAAUAAGGAAGCGAGCUGGUGCAAUCAGUAUGGAGUGGCAGGCUGUAAGACAUACACUAAUGUUCCCCAGGAAUGCCCUCUUAUGUGCAGCUGGUGCCCAACCGCUGCGUAUAAACCUGAAGAUAAAGACACAACUGUGUCGCCUCGGCCGACAGACAGAACUGACAGCACAGAAAGUUCAUCUCGGGCUACAGACUCGACACCACGUGCAACAGACAGAACGACUACAACAGCUGAAGCACAUACAAUUGUUGCCAGUGCCUUUAUUAGCUUAUUUGUUGUUCUAAUCCCUUGCAUAGUACUAUAAGACUGUAGUCUCCCUUGGACUGACAUGUUUUCUACAUUGGUGGUUUAAAAA